UGCAGAUCUUACACAGAGCCGUCACCGUCACCCAAGGAAAAAAUGAGCACAGUUGUAACAAAAAUCAUAACCAGGAUUUCAAGCUACAUGAAGGGUUAUCCACAGGACAGAUUACACCAUGCCAUCAAGAGCAUAGAAAAUGUUUAUUACUUUGACAAGAGUACACGGGAGUCACAUGACCGUAUGAUGCAGGAGCCUCUCAACACUAAUGAUCCAGAAGUAUUUAACAUCAUUCAGAAGGAGAAGAGGAGACAGACAUAUAGUUUAUCACUUAUUGCAUCUGAGAACUUUACCAGUCGUGCUGUUUCAGAGGUCCUGAGCUCGUGCAUAAGCAACAAAUUUAUUCAACAAAGCUUUCGAUACUCUGGUGACGAAGACAGUGUGGAUGAACUGGAGCAUCUCUGUCAGCAAAGAGCAUUGAAGGUUUAUAGACUUGAUCCAGAAAAAUGGGGUGUAAAUGUGCAGCCUUAUUCUGGAUCAUUUGCCAACUUUGCUGUGUACACAUCAGUAGUGGAGCCUGAUGGGAGGAUCAUGGGUCUUGAUCCCUGUGAUGGUGGCCACCAGAGCCAUGGAUUUAUAAUGGACAAAGAGAAAUUCUCUGCCACCUCUAUUUUCUUUAAAUCAAUGUCAUACAAGGUCAACCAAGAGACUGGUUACAUUGAUUACGACCAACUAGAGGAAAAAGCUCGUUUAUUCAAGCCAAAACUAAUCAUUGCAGGUACCACCUCCUACUCGCGUAACCUGGAUUAUAGUCGUCUGCGCAAUAUAGCAGAUGAGAAUGGGGCUUACCUGCUAGGUGACAUGGCACACAUUAGUGGACUUGUUGCAGCUGGAUUGGUUCCAUCCCCCUUUGAUUACUGUGAUAUUGUUUCGACCUCCACCUAUAAGACCCUGAGAGGCUGCAGAGCUGGGGCCAUAUUUUACAGGAAAGGUGUACACAGUGCGGAUGCAAAAACAGGAAAGGAAACUCUUUACAACCUGGAGAGUUUGAUCUGUGAAGCUGUGUUUCCCAGGCUGCAGGGAGGACGUCACAACCAUUCCAUUGCAGGACUGGCUGUAGCAUUGAAGCAGGCAAUGACUCCAGAAUUCAAGGCUUACCAGGUACAAAUGCUGGCAAAUUGCAGGACUUUAGCAUCUUCUUUAAUAGAAAAGGGCUACAAAAUUGUCACAGGUGGUACAGAUACUCACCUUUUCUUGCUAGACCUUCGUCCGAAUGGAAUUGAUGGAGUGAGGGCAGUGAAGGUGCUACAGGACUGCGCUAUUGGCUGUAACAAGAGCCCUUGCCCAGGUGACAGUGCAUUGCACCCCUUUGGCCUCCGUUUAGGCACACCAGCCCUCACAUCACGAGGUUUAGUGGAGGAAGAUUUCUGCCAAGUUGUAGAAUUACUUCACAGAGGCAUUCAGUUGGCUGUGGAGAUCCAGAUGAACAUGAACCCCAAAUCCAGUUUCAAGGAGUUCAAGGAAACUCUUGCUCAGGAUAAAAACUAUCAAAACAGAGUACGAGAAAUCCGAGAUGAGGUUGAGGCUUUUGCAGGAAAAUUCCCCAUGCCUGGAAUGCCUGAGCUAUGAGCCUAAUCCUCAUUCUCUGUUCCUGUAUCUGAGCCUUACCUUUGCUCAGAGCUGUGAAAAACCCACACAUUUUAUAGUGUGAUUUUAUACAGUUCAUGAUGCUGGUGGGAAAUUUUAGUGACCUUUUGAUAUUUGGAGAAUAUAGAAUGUUCAACCCGGUAUCAUCUGGCAGAAGGUACCAGAGCAUCUGUGCCACCACCACCAGACUCAGCAACAGUUUAUUACUAUUUAUUACAAAAGUAUUAUAGUUUAUUACAGUAUUAUUAUAAACAACUGUAUUUAUUUUCCUGCACUCGUCUCACACUGAAUUUACACUUAAUGUAGUUUUGUGUACUGUAGUUUUGUGUACGUAAUGUUGCACCAUGGUCCUGAAAAAUGGCAUUUCAUUCCAAUGUAUACAAGCUAUAUAGAGAAAUGACAAUAAAA